AUGGACAAGUACUUGCUGCAAAAGUACCUUCUGCUUUCUAACAAGCACGAAUGCGAUGUCAGCGAAUGGAAGCGUUUGAUACAACAAAUAGAAGACUAUGUGGCCAAGCAUAAGGAAUUACAAAUUGAAAUUCAAAACUAUGGCGACAGUUACAAAGUGAAGAGGCAAAUGCUAUCACAUCUGGGCGGUGCAAUGAUUGGAUUUCAAAAGAAACAGCACUGGCUGACAAGGAAACGGAAACGUGCCACACAGCAGCCAGAAAAAAAAUCCCAUACAAUACGAACACUGCUGGAGGAUAUACGUUUGAUGGAAAGAACGGAAAAUGUGCCGCGUCAUCAUGUUCGAAACAAGGGCUUGGCCAAAACAAAAAGCACAAAUCGUAUGCUGCAAUCCUUGAAGAGGGAAAUGGGCAAACUGACAACAGAUGAAGCGUACAAUAAGUCUACGAAACUUAUGCGAAAAUAUCUGACAAAGAUAAAAGGUAAUGAGCUGGCGCUGCAAGCCAUAAACACCAAAACCCUUAAAGCGAUUAAUGAUAUUAAGCAACUGGAUAAUACCAUUAAAGUUUUAAAAAGCAACAAAUUGCCGCAAUUCAAAAUAAAACCAGCAAUGCCAAAGGCACCAUGGAUGUCGCCCUCCGUCGAGCAGGAUCUGAAGGCCACCAUCCAGAUGAAAAAGGUGAAGGUGGGGAAGAAACGGAUUGCGAUACAGCAGAACGAGUUGGAUGUUCGACCAUCGUAUAUAUUGAAACAUAUAGCCGAGCUAAUGCCAGAUAUGUACCAUUAUCUGAACAAGCCGAAACUGAUUUAG